UGCAUUGCAGUCAGGUGAACGGCAAGGGCUAGGGCUAAGGGUUAGGGAAGGGGAAAGAGAGCACUAGAUUGCAACAUCAGUCAUUUACAGAGAAAAAUCUUUCAUCCUUUUUUAUGCCGUCCAAUUUGCACGAAGAAAUCACUCAUUUAGUAGGAAAAUUGAGCCCGGAUCCAGGAGUUUUUAAUAGUUCCAAGAUUUUUGUUUUUCAAAAAUAAGUAGACGUUUGGGUAACUUAAUUCGGUCUCGUGUGUGAAUAUAUAUAUAUUUGUUAAUGGCUCCUGCUGUAAACCUGAGACAAGUUCUGGUAGAAAUUCCAAACCCGCAGCCUAAAAUUGCUGUUCACCUCCGCAGGUCCUAUGAAGAUAUUCUGAAUUCUACAAGAACACAGUCACAGUUAACAACGUUUCAUGUCAAUAUUCCAACGUCUUUCCUAAGAACAGGCAACAGUCCAUCAGAUGAUUGUUUGGUUCAAAAUCUGAAUGCAACGCCAGAAUAUAUUUCAGAAGACUCAUCUUUUGCCAGGAGAAAGUUUGGAGACGGAAGAAGAUUGUGCUUCAGUUCACCAGCAGCUUCCAAUUGUCGCACAAAAACAUUGCAAAGUGGCAACAAGAAAGAGCUGCCUUUCAAGAAACAACGACUGAAUUUUAAGCCAGAUGUAAGUUUAGAAUUCAAACUGAAUGACCUAGCAUCAUCCCAGCUUGUGCGUACCCUUUUGUUGCACAGAUAUCCAGAACUUGAUGAAGAGGACUUGAAAUUGGUUCUUCCAUCAUUGAACUUGAAGUUUGCUCAGGAACAGCUGGAGUUGAGGAAAAUCAACAUGUACCGAUCAAUACCUCGAUGGCGCUUGGGUUCCAAUAGAGAUGCAUACUGUUACCGCAAAGCACAUGUCCAUCUUCAAGCUUUUAAGAAAACUUGCCUGGAACAAGGGAGACUAUUAUUGCAAACAGAGUGCUGGGAAACUGCAUUAGACUAUGUACUAAUUGCCUGGAGAUAUACAAGUGAACUUCCUCAGUGGGAUAAUAGCUUCCAUAAUGAAUGCACACAACAGUGUUUUACUGCUUUAGCUGUUCAGUGCAUGUCUACCUUGCAGAGAAGCUGUUUCGAAUUAGAGAAAUAUAAACAACUUAAGAAAAGACUUAGAAUUGCAUAUUCACAGAACAAAUUAAUCAAACCCUGCCUUGAAGAGUUGGACAGGAUUAUUGAGAUGCUAAAAUGCAGCAGUCCAGAACAGAAUCUGUCUUCCUAAUUAUUUAAAAGACUUCACUGCAUUUUGAAUAAGGAUAAUAGUCAUUAAACAGGUGUGCCCACAGUAAGAAAAUCCUAGUGCCUCAAUGGCAAAUGAUAGCUGGAUUUCUGCAGCUGCACAAAAACUACCAAGUUGGUUUUCUGAGCUGGGACUAUGGGUGUCCAAAUUAGGGCAUUCUUACUUUGGAUUGGAUUCACUUUUGGACAACACAGGAAAAGAUGGAAAUUCAGGUUAAAAGGCAGGGAUUUGGAAAUACAUUCAGCAAAUUCCAGUAUAUUUGGUUGUUGGAGAAAAUUGGUAGUUACAUCUUUUAAUUGUAUUUUUGGGGAGCUUGUCCUAAAAUUCCAUCUAGUUCACUAAUUUAAAAAAGGUGGAAGAAUAGCUUAUCGUUUUAACAACUUAGCCAUAAAAAUGGUGACUUAUUUGGUACUGCUCAUUUUGGAAAUUUGUAGAAAUCUUUUUCAAUGGAAAUAGGUCUUUGCAUGAAGUUCACAGAAGAGUUUUAGGUUAGAAUUGUACUUUUUUGAAAAUUUACUGCUUUUUAUUUAAUUCCAUUUGUAUUGAACUAAAGUUAAAUGUUAAUAGAUCAUAGUAAGCAAGGAGAAUUUGUAGUCAUAACUGCAUUAGGAGUAAUUUAGUGCAAUAGCAAUAUUAGUAAUCUAAUAAUGGCAAUUGCACUUUAACCUUGACCACAUACUGUGUUUUAAUGUUGUUUCUGCUAUAAAAUUUAAACACAUUUGGAAUGAGGGAAUGAAUCUUGACCAGAUUUGGGGAUAUUUGUACAUAUUUAUAAAAAAAGAAAAAAAUACUAUUUCUAUAAUUAUCUAUGAAUUUCAUAAAUGUAUAGAUUUGUAUUGUAUUGAGUUGUGCAACUUGUUGAUUCUUAAUAUAAUGUUGAAAUAGCAAUGUCUCAAAUGUACUAUGCUGCAAAUGGGCAGAGAAUUUCAUGUAGCUUUGUGUGAUUUGGUUGUUUAGAGUUUUUCCAAAUAAAAUGAAAUCGGAUUUAAAAAA